UUAAAUGAAUUUCUAUCUCUGACCUUUUCAAAUUUCUUGUCAGAAGAUUUGUCGAAGUCUGAGGACAAGGAAGACGUGAAGAAGGAAGUCGAGGACGGCAAAGGAGCGAAGAAGGCAGACGAUUCAGAGAUUAUUGAAAUCCCUGAUGAGUCUGAAAAAUCCCCCGUCGUCGAAAAGAAAGGAGAGGAGGUGGACUCGGCCGCGGGGAAGGAUGAGAAGGAGACAGGAAAUGGAGACGAAGGAAAGGAGAAGGAGAAGGAGACGGAGGACACGAGUAAGGACAAAGCAGAGAACGAGAAGACUUCGGAGACGGAGAAGGACGCUCCUGCUGAGGUCAAGGGUGAAAGUUCGGAGGGGAAGACGGAGUCAGAGGAGGACAAGUCUAAAGCUGAGGAGGGGAAAGAUGAGAAGAUGGACACCAGCUCGCCGACAGAGGAGAAGAAAG